AUGUUUAAAGCGUGGCUUGGUGUACGUGGCGUUGUUUGCGUUGGUGUAUUAGCGAUGGUGUAUCAGGUGUAUCGACACAAUCAUUAUUGCAAAGUGAUUUUUGACUGCGAAUCGGUUGUAGCAUUUAUUGCGAAAAGUGGAAGAAAGCGACAUACACAACAAAAAGACUCAGCGGUGAAUGGACCAGAAUCCGUAAUUACCUUACCAUAA